GUAUCAAAAUGUACCUCCUCACUUCACUUCUGAUAUACACUCGUAUAAAGUUUCAUAACGAUAAAACAAGCUAGCAAGUAAUGGCUUCAAGAUCACAAAAAGUUUCUGUGGUGUUAGCUCUAGUGUUAGUCUUGGUCAUGUGGGCUUCCGAGUCUCAAUGUCGGACUUUGAACGAAUAUUCCAUGUCAGAACAACACGAGCAAUGGAUGGCUCGCUAUGCUCGCACCUACAAAGAUGAUGCCGAAAAGGAAAUUCGUUUUCAAAUUUUUAAGAAGAAUGUGGAGUUCAUUGAGUCGUUUAACAAAGCAGGGAACAAGUCGUACAAGCUAGGCCUCAAUGAAUUUGUGGACCUUACCAAUGAGGAAUUCAGAGCCUCUCAUAAUGGCUACAAAAAGUCGUCCAGUGUCCCUAGAAACACACCAUUUAAGUAUGAAAGUGUGACCGCAGUUCCGUCCACCAUGGAUUGGAGGAAGAAGGGAGUUGUCACUCCAGUCAAGGACCAGGGUCAAUGUGGAUGUUGCUGGGCGUUCUCUGCAGUGGCUGCCACAGAAGGAAUCACACAAUUGUCCACAGGAAAGUUGAUAUCCUUAUCUGAACAAGAAUUGGUCGAUUGCGACACAAGCGGUACUGACCAAGGUUGCGAGGGAGGACUCAUGGACGAUGCCUUUGAGUUCAUCAUCAACAAUGGAGGCCUCAACACAGAGGCCAACUACCCUUACAAGGGAGUUGACGCAACUUGUAAUAAGAAGUCUGCAUCUUCCGAUGCUGCCAAAAUAACCGGCUACGAAGAUGUGCCAGCCAAUAACGAGAAGGCAUUGUUGAAAGCCGUCGCCAACCAGCCAAUCUCAGUGGCAAUCGAUGCUGGUGGUUCUGAGUUCCAGUUGUACUCGAGUGGCGUCUUCACCGGGGAAUGUGGAACCCAAUUAGACCAUGGUGUGACAGCCGUAGGAUAUGGGACUGCAAAUGAUGGUACUAAGUAUUGGUUGGUGAAGAAUUCAUGGGGUUCCAGUUGGGGUGAGAAUGGUUACAUUAGGAUGCAGAGAGACAUGGAUGCCAAGGAAGGCCUUUGUGGCAUUGCUAUGGAUGCUUCUUAUCCUACUGCCUCAUAAAUGUUUUUAUAUGUAAAUGUAAUAGUUGAAAUGAAUGUUCCUCAUCUAGCUAUAGUUCUUAAAGUUAUACAUGAAUGUAUUUUCUGAUAUUGUUUAUAUAAAUAUAUUUAUAUAACCCUUCUACUUUUAUAGUUUGUUAUAAUAGAUUGAUCAUAUUAUACUUUUAAAUAGAAUCAAAAGUUUGUCUUUCA